AUGUUUGUCACAAUUAAAUCUCUUUCGCUUGUAAGGACUCUAGCUGUUGUGCAUACUAUUGAAACGAUCAAUAACUCCAGCUUCCUCCCGGGUGUGCGACUGGGCUACUACAUCUGUGACACUUGCUCUGAUGCAUCAAAGGCCAUUCAGAGCACCGAGCAGCUUCUCGCUGUGAAUGGCACACUGCCUGUCCAAUGUGAGGUGCUUGAAAGGCCUAAUGUAAAAGCAAUCAUUGGAGCACGUUUCUCAGAAGACUCUCUGGCAGUGGCUCGGCUUCUGAGUCUAUACAUGGUCCCACAGAUAAGCACAACAUCAUCUGCACAAACGCUUAGUGAUAGGGUACGAUACCCAGCAUUCCUGCGCACCAUUCCUAGUGAUGUUCACCAAACCAAAGCUCUGGCUAAUUUCAUGAAACACUUUCACUGGAACUGGGUUGGGGUAGCCUACGGGGAUGAUGAUUAUGGGGAAAAUGCCUUACAAAGCUUCUUAGCUGAAUCAGAAGGUGCAGAUAUCUGUCAUGCUUUUAAAGAAGCAUUGCCUCAUUACCUAGCUCACAAUGAAAUCGACAAAAGGAUCCAAGAGGUGGCAGAAAUAAUCAGUUUAUCCAAAGUUAAAGUUGUGUUACUUAUCUUAAAGGAAGAGCUGGUCUCUAAACUGUUCAAGGAAAUGAUUCGGCAGAACAUCUCGCAUACUUGGAUCGCAAGUGAUCAAUGUAUAGGUCAAUGUCACGAAAUAUAUCUCGAAUGGAGGGAAUCAACCAAGUAG